CAGCAUUUACAGUUGCUGUUUGUUGAGAAUCCUUCAGAUAUAUAUUAUUGGAAUUUGUUAACAAACUUUGCAAAAAAAAAAAAAUAAAUAAAUCACAGAGAAAUCGUGCAGCAAUAAGAAAAGUGCAGAAGUAAUAAGAAGUCGUCAGAGAAAAGGCGAUAAUUAAGCGAAAUAUGGCGCCUGCACCGCAACCACUUGAGCAAGCGUUAGCUGGUUACUUGCCACAAGGUCAAGAAGGAAGCUCCCGUAUGAACACUAUUUCUUUAUCAGUGUUAAUCGAUUUCACCAUCCAAAGGACUUAUCAUGAUUUAACAGUGUUGGCAGAGUUACUUCCUCGUAAAUCGGACAUGGAACGCAAAAUUGAAAUAUAUAAUUUUUCUGCCAGGACUAGGCAGCUUUUCAUACGACUCAUUGCUUUGGUUAAAUACGCAAAUUCCGUCUCCAAAGUGGACAAAUCCGCUAAUAUUAUGAGCUUCCUGGACAAGCAAAAUAUGCUGUUCAUUGAAACGGCUGAUAUGCUGGCACGUAUGUCUCGUGAAACUUUAGUCAGAGCACGUCUACCAAAUUUCCAUAUUCCUGCCGCUGUUGAGGUGCUUACUACUGGAACUUAUAAUCGUUUACCUACUUGCAUUCGAGAGCGUAUAGUGCCACCAGACCCGAUAACGCCCCAAGAAAAGAAACAGACCCUACUGCGUCUCAAUCAAGUUAUACAACAUCGCUUAGUUACUGGAAAAUUAAUGCCACAAAUGAGGGAAUUUAAGAUAAGAAAUGGACGAGUUAUAUUUGAGGUUAAACACGAAUUCAAUGUUUCGCUAACUGUGAUGGGUGAUAAUGCCAACGUUCCCUGGCGUUUACUGGACAUUGAUAUUCUGGUAGAGGACAAGGAGACCGGAGAUGGUAAAGCUUUAGUUCAUCCGUUGCAAGUAAAUUAUAUACAUCAGCUUAUUCAAGUUCGCUUGGUAGAAAAUCCUAACGCUUUAUGUGAAGUGUACAACUGUCUACAUUACUUUUGUCAAUCAUUACAACUGGAGGUUUUGUACACGCAAACGUUACGCUUAAGUUAUGAGCGAUUGGAUGAUAACAUCAACGUAGAAGAAUAUAUACCUGGUUAUAAAAUAACAGUAUCGUAUUGGCGCGAAUUAACAAGCAAAGAUCCAAAGUCCGAGUUGGGCUAUCGUUUGACGGUUCAGUCGGAUCCUAAUGAAAUUGGCCGACCCUUAGCUGUUGUACAUGUACCAUCAUUGGGAGCAAAGGAAUCCGCUGAAGUAGCUGACAGAGCAGUGCGUUCAGAUCACCUCUCAAUGGAACGUUUAAUAGUUCACACGGUCUACAUUCGAUCAGUUUCCAGACUAUCCGAUUUAAAAUUAGAAUUUCAAGCGUUUCUCAAAGACGUAGAUUUUAAUCUGCAAGGAACGCCUGCUAUAUUGACAGUACCUGUAUUAACGCCAUGUUUGAGAGCAGAACAAAUACAUAUCACCAUAGAUACUCACACUGGUAUGUUGCGAUGUCAUGUGCCGAAACAUUUGGACUGUCCAAUUAUGCCAGAAAUGCAGACGUGUUUAAAUGGAGAUCGCAGUAAAUUACCUCAAAUUAUGACAGAGUUACGCUAUUGGAUAACUCAUCGCCGAUGCGAGAAAACAUUACAACACUUACCAGCAACAGCCACUGAGAAUUUGACAUUUUUAAAUAUGCCCGAUCAUCCAUUACUACAAUCCGGCAGACAUAAAAUUUAUGUAAAAUUGCAUCGUCAUCCGAAUGUGGUUUUAGUUGUUCAUUUGAAAGAGAAAUCAUCUAUGCCGAACGAGAUGGAAUAUACUUUUUAUUUGGGCCUGUUAGUCUAUCAAAGUAAUGAAACUGAAGUUUUGUCAGAGGAUUUAACAAAACAAUUGGUACCAGUUCAAACAUCAAGCAGCAAUGUUGAAAAUCAGGGAAGUCAUCACCAUGAAAUUCCAAAAGUUUUUGCCAAGCUUUUGCGUCUAAUUGAAUUUGAUACAUUUGUGGCUACACAUGGCCCCGGCACAGAUGUCGACGACGUUCCUCCACACAAACGUAAAUCAAACAGCGAAUUAACUGCCCCUCCAACUAAGCAAGCCAAAACCAUAUAUCCGGCUUAUAUCAUACCAGACCUGGCACAUGUUGUAGCUAUGUGUGAUGAAAAAAUUCCCUUUUUGAAUCUGGCACAGGCUUUAACCAAGUACAAUGUUCCUCAUUGCGGUCUGCAAGUGGAAUCAAACGCUAUAUCAUUGGUCUUGAAAAUUAUAACAUUGCCGAAACCGACGCCUCCGGACGAUCGCAAAAGCCAGUUUCCUGCUAUUGAGUCGAAUGUUUGGGAUGAUUUAAUGAAACGCGUUUUAUCGAUUUCAAUACGUUCUCAUAUGAACAAAAGCAAUAAAAUCCGCAGCUGGGUAAUGGAGUUCAUAUUUUAUAGUACACCUUUGCAGAGUAUUCAUCCCCGAGAGCAAGGCAAUCGUAGGACCUUAUAUCUCAGCUAUGACCAAAUUAGUAACUAUUCACAAACUGUAGAAGACCUAUUGAAAGAUUGGUCUAAGAUCGUUUAUCUUUACACGUUGGUUUACAGUUUUGCCGAACACAUUAAAAACAAACGUUUAAAUAUUACGGAUAUGCUAAGCAUUAACUCCUAUAACUAUACCAACUUGUUGCUUGGUUAUGGGCCAAAAAAAGAGGUACUUUGCAAUAUAUUUUGGUCAGCGCCGGCGGGCGGUUUUCAUAUGACUUUUUUGGGCGGUAUAACCGCGGUCAACGCGCAUUCCGUAAUUCGUGAUCAGCUUGCUAUUUAUCUGAACACCAAACAUAAUUUGACGCAAAUAGUUCAGCUGCUCCAUGAAACGUACAAUCCAUUAUCAUCAAUUGCUAAGUUACCCAUUAUACCACAUUUGGGCAUUCCACGUCCGCAAGUACCCGUAUUAUCUUUUUGCAUUCUUCCCCAAUCACCAUGUGUGAUACGAUUGGCGUAUCAAGCGGUGUAUUGCUUGGAAAUACGAUUUAGAAGUGGGCGCCUAAUAUCUAUACGUGAUGGAGCAUACAGUCGUUUCGACCGCAAUCUAAUUGAAGAGUUCACUCCCAUACAGGGAUUAAAGGGGUUCCUAUCUAAAUACGUGGAUGAAAAUGCAGUAUAUCGGGGACGCUCGCAAAACGAGGAUGACAAUCCACCUUCGCCAAUCGGUGGUGAGGAUAAUUUUGGGGGACCAGGUAGCGCUUCAGGUGCUAGUGCUGGCGGUUCUUCGCCUUUUCUUAGCACUGGAAUGAGAGGGCCUCAAUCACCGCGCGAUAGUGGUCUACGUUUUCCUGCUCCGCAUACACCACCAUCGAGCUCUAAUCCACAUACACCGGCUAGUCCUCAUCCUUCAGCUGGCGGUGGCGUCGGGACAGGCAGCAGUAACGCCCAAAGUCAUCCAAAUUAUAAUUUGACAUCACCACCUGGACCCCAUAUGCCACAUCCGUCGCCUGGAGCUCUCAUGCCAUCGUCACCCCUGAAUCCUCAACCUAGUCCUCAUAUGGUGCAUAGUCCAGGACCAAAUACUCUUUACAUGCAAGGACAUCAGGAUUCUCCGUUUGCAGCAAUGUCUCCGGCCAACACAAAUUGGCCAGGCUCGCCCAGCAUGCCCCGACCAUCUCCUCGACCUGGCCAAAGUCCGGAUCACAAAUCUGGUCAAUCCAGUGGUAUCAAUCAAAACACAAAUUCUGGUAGCGGUAGCAGUUCGCAAGUAAUUAAUCGGAUGCCGCCGCCUAACCGUUCGUAUGCUGGUGCUGUGCCUACUUUAUUAACUCACGAAAAAUUUGAUUUACUAUGUCGUCCUAGCCCACAUCCGAACAAGGACAUUACUUCGACGAUUGACAUUAGUCCUUUAGAACGUUUUCUGGGUUGUGUAUAUAUGAGGCGUCAACUUUAUCGUAAUGUUCAAAACGAAGACACGCUGACUGCUCUGAAUUCUAAUGAGCCUGGAGUCGUGCUUUUUAAAGUAGAUGGUCUACAAUGCCAAGUAAUUUUAAAUCAGGUCCACAUGCAAUCGUUACAUUUGAAAGUCAAUCAAUUACCCCCACCUCACACUCCGGAUAGUAAACAGCCUUUCCAGUUGAGUCCCGAUGAUUUACUGAUAAUUGAGAAAUUCUUUGACACUCGGGUAGCGGCACCGCCAUAUCGACCAAAUGCCUUGCACGGUUUCAGCCGAGUUUUAAGUUGCGCUCCCCAAGUUCUUAAAGAUUUUCUACAGAUAAUGCGCUUAGAGAUGAAUCCAGAUUUAGGAGGCGAUCAAAUUAAAUGGACAGUGCAAUUUUGUAUGCGUGUACCACCCUCCGCCGCGCCAAUUGUGCCGAUUGGCAGCCCCGGGGUAUUGAUGGUACGGCUCAAGAUUUUGUUCUUUUUGCAAAUUACUCGAAUACCCUACAACGGUAAGGAGUGGAAAGACAGUCCAUCAUUGGUGUUGCCAAUGGUCUAUGAUCUGAGUUCUAAUCUUACGCAAUUGGCUGAGAAACGUGAACAACCGCAGUCACCGGCUGCUACUGCAGUCAGUGCCGUUCUAAGACAUUUUUCUGACCAUUUGGCCCAACCUGGGCAAUGUUCUUUGUUUCCAGCUGUAAGAGAAAUACUAAUUAGUCUCCAGUUACCAAAUGAUGUACCGCCACAAAGUCAGGCUAUUGGCCCACCAAUCGGUGCCAGAGUUGGUUCAAGCCCGAAUCCUAUGAUGCAUUCUCCCAUGCAGCAAAUGGGAGGACCAGUGGGACCGCCCCAAAUUGGUCCCGGUUACCCACAGAUGCCACAAAAUCCCGGACCCCAGUGAUGAAGGCGAAAACGCCGCACGGCAACCAAUUUAAAUGUCUGAUACUGUGGCAGCAUUGCUGGCUGGUAUCAGUUAUAUGCAACUAGCACUAUUUUAUAAUAAGUUAAUUAUUUUGCACAUUUAGAAAAGUAUAAACACAACUACUGAAAAGGGACAUGUUUGAAGGUUAUAACCUGAAAAUUUAUUGUCUUCACUUAUUUAUAUAUUGAGGAUAAUAAAACACAAUUUUAAUAAU